UGUGUAUCGGAGUGUGGGGAUUGUGGAUACGAAGUCAUGAGUUUAUGUGCACAUCUACCGCAGCGUGUCUUGCAGUGAGCAGUGAGCAGUCGUUUUGUCUUUGGUGUUCCCGGCACCUAAGAGACCAUCAGAGUGCUUUUGUCGCGUGCUGCAAAGUGCUUUUGCCGCGAGCUGGUGACCCUGAUGGCCAUUUGUAUGCGACACAUCAAGGCCUCACGUGGAGACGUAUACCACCGUUGAUACAUCCAGGGACAAGCCAGAGCUCCGCAGGACUCAGCGCGGUCACUUUCCGCAUGAACAAUCUCUGCAUGUCCGUCAACAACAUCCCCAGUAAUAAACACAGCCACACCAACAACCCAGACCCAGUCCAACGCCCCUCGUACGAAUCCCCAGGCACCUCCGAUCGGCCUCGGCUAUUAACAUGUCUGUGCGCGUUUCGCGUGUGGGGAGCGGGGAGCACGUGGAGCGCCACACUGGCCUCAACACCGCCCGCAGCAGCUCUCUACGUGAGAUAUGAAGCGCGAGAUGAGACGAGGUGAGGUGCAAGGCCCGUGGCCCAGGCCGCAGAGCCUCACCCAUCCGACGUUCUUGCUGGACAUGUGAAAGCCGGGCUAGCGGGCGCUGCGCAGCCCUCCAGGUGCGAGGUGCGAC